AUGGGCAUGGAUGGGCCAUGGUCCAUUCGCCCUGCACCCCCUUGCCGCGCGCCCAGAGCACUCACACCCGAGCAGGGUCACCUCACCAUCUCUUCUUUUCCUACCUAUCCCUCGUCUUGUCGUCUGGUCUUUUCUUUCCCUCCCUCCUUUCUUCCCACCAACCAACAGUCAACAAGUUGUGUCUCGUCCUCUCUGGCUUCAGCCUGCCGCUCUUUUUUAUAUAGUCACUCAUUAACCCACGUCGCGAAGACCCCUUACACUCACUUACUACCUUCCCUCCAGUCGCUCUUUCCUGGACUUUCGUGUCAUUUUUCCACUAUCAACCUCUUAACUUCUAAUCGCUACCUCUCCUCUAUCAACAAACCGCUCAAAAUGCAGUUCAAGAUCUCCGCCGCUGCCUUCCUGGCCUUCGCUGCCUCCGUCCUGGCCCAGAACCCCAACUUCAACCCCAUCUUCAAGCCCACCAGCAACGAGCAGAUUAACGCCGGCACCACCUUCACUAUCGAGUGGGAUGCUCCCGAUGCCUUCAAGGAUGUAACCGUCUCCAUCAGCCUUAUUGGCGGCGCCACCCAGAACACCCAGAUUCCCCUCUUGGACAUUGCUUCCGGCAUCCCCAACUCGGCUGAGAAGUACAGCUGGACCAUCCCCUCCACUCUCGGCAAGGACGCCUUCUACGGCUUGGUCAUCAGGUCCGAGACCAACCCCACCGUCGACUUCCAGUUCUCCAACCCCUUCCACAUUGUCGCCGGCGAGGGCGCCAGCUCCGGUACCACCACUGUUGUCGCCUCCUCGGGCACUGCUACCGUUACCUUGUCUGCCAACACCGUCCCGGUCACCGUCAGCAGCUCCGCCUCUGCCUCCGCCUCGGCUUCUGCCUCUGCCUCUGCCUCUGCCUCGGAGAGCGUCAUCAUCAACUCUACUACCGCUCUCUCCACCACUGCUGUCCCUACCCAGAGCCAGUCUGCUCCUGCCACCACCGUCACCAGCGUCACCCGCCCCGCCACCAACGGCACGGCCACCCGCACUGCUUCCACCACCGUUGCUGUCGUUACUGGUGCCGCCGCUGCUGCCCAGGCCACUGCUGGUGUCUUCGCUGUCCUCGGUGGUCUUGCCGUUGCCGCCCUUCUUUAA